AUGAAUCAAAUUCUUAUUGUGUAAUUCUCUAAUAAAAUAAUUGAUGAAAACUAUUUAGAAAUACGAAAUAUUUUGAUAAUAUAACAUACGGAUUCUUCGAUAUAUUUUUUCUCUAAAAUAGGAAAUAUAAGUUUUAUGGAAUUUUAAGAUUUUUCAAGAAGCUAAAAUUCAUUAUUUUAUUUUGAAAGUUGUUCAUUAUAUAACUUUAAUGUUCGUUUUGUAAGUUUUUAUAUGUCACCAAUUUUGAGUAUUGUAAAUGAACCAAAAUAAACAUUUUGA